AUGAGUACCACUCAGAGGCGCAGAGCCCGCCGCAGGGCCUUAGCUGAAGCUCUUAAAGCUUCUGCAGAAAGCGAGGCUGCCGCUAAGCCAGAAGAAACUCGCGUGUCAUCAGAAAAUAAGGCUACUGCAGCUGCAGCCACUGAGAUUAAGUUGAGCGCCUCCCAGAAGCGAAGGACCCGCCGCAGGGCCUUAGCUGAAGCUCUUAAAGCUUCAGCAGAAGGCGAGGCUGCCGCGAAGCCCGAAGAAACUCGCGCAGCAGCAGAAAAUGAGGCAUCAGCCGCGAGGAUGAAGAGUGUUGCUCGGCCGCCGUGUGCAGAGAAAACCUCCCGCGCUGAUUGCACCAAGAGGAGUCGCACACCCGACAGGAUGCCCAUUUGGGCCUCGCCCUCAGCGCGGGCGUCUGAGAACGACGGGGGUCCCUUGGUGACUGAAGCUACUGCUACCCCGGCGACUCAUGGCGGGACGAGCGCUACGAGGCGGCGAAGGGCCCGCCGCAAGGCAUUAGCCUCCUGGACUAAGAGCGAGGCACGGCUUGUCGCGACCACUUUCACUUGCUGGAGUGUCAUAGCCACGAGUGAUACACAGACAAUGACACUCCAGCAAGUGAAAGUGGCUGCACACAGGUGGCGUAAAACACAACCUCCCACACUAGUGUUGUGUUAA